AUGACGGCAGGUGCACCCGCGUUCGGGGUUCUUCCUCCCGCUCUCGACGGACCCUCCACAGACAGCUCCGAAACCUACAUGGCCGACUCAAGUGUACAUACACCGGCUGACUUUGCCGAGAGCUUGCUCGGCCAGGCGGCAGAGUUGAGUCCACACGAGCCGAGCGAAAAUGUGACCUCCGGACGGGGGUUCGGCGGCAGCCUCGGGCAGCCGUCUACGGAUCUGGUCAAUGAGCACGCUCGGGAAGUUUCCCAUGGAAACAAACUUUACGCGGAAGAGGGACAUGAAAGCGGGGGUGCUGCCGCUAUGGCGUGCGACUCCACAGGGAAUAGGCCUUCACCGUCCGAAAAAGAAGGAGCAGAGGCAAUCAUCUACAGGCUUACGGUGCAGAGAAUCGUUGACUUCAUAAACAUCUACUACUCUCUGAAGACCUCGGUGUCUGCGGCCUCGAGGUGCGCCCGCGAGAGAGACGCGAAAGACCCGGCCAAGUCUGCCGCGCGUGUCCCGUCGGAUUCCUCGUCCGCGGCUUCUUCUCCAGAGAGCAGUCCGCGGCAAGCUGGCCUUCCGCCGCCGUCGGGCGGGCGCAGAGGCCUCCGGUGCGCCUGUCGCUGCGCGUGCUGUGCGGCGGAGGGCGCCGAAUGCAGCCGCGCGCGCAGCGGAGGCGCUGGCGCGUCGCAGGCGUCCGCGGCCGCUACGCAGAAGGACCCGAAGACGCCCUGCGUAGACUUGCCGCAGGAAGGCCUCGACGUUCUGAAGGAGAUUGCGCGAACCGGCCAGUGCCGCUAUCCCUGGGCUCUCGUCAAGACGAUGAUGGCCGCCAAGAUGGAACAGAUGUUCACAGACAUGGCCAAGAGCCGGAUGAAGCGCCGCCUCGCGUUCGACUGGACGACGGCCAGGAACCUCUGCUGCUUCCAGGUCAUGCAGUUCUUGAGGCCUCCUGUCACGGUACAGCGGCUUUGCGAGGUGCUCCUGCGACCGAUGUAUGCGGUCCCAGAAAAAUUCUUCUUUGCCAUGCGAAAGCUUCUCCUCGUACGCGGUUGCCUCUACGAGCCCCUGACGAUUCCCGCCUUCGUUCAGCUGUCCUCGAUUCCGGGUCUGCGCUUCGCAGAGAGUAAGGUGUCUGAACUCUGCUCCGCGACGUUCUGGGUGAAGAAUCCGCGCUCGGGGCUCUACGCGCGGCAAGCCUGUCCGGCGGCGACCGCGUCUCCAAGUUGGGCUCCAGGGGCCGCGCGGAGCCGCGGGAACAGCGGGGCAGAGGGCGCCGCGAGCGGCGAGGAUCCUGAGGCGGACGAGCUGCUGAGGAGGCAGAGAGGAGAGGGUGCUCGCGGAGGCGAGACGGAGGAACCCAGCGCGCCGGCGUCGCAGGAAUGCUGCACGGCGUGCUGCUGCUGCAGAGACUGGCUUAGGGAUAUCGACGACGGCGAGCCUCUUCCGCCGCCGUACAGCGCCUUUCUGCUGGCGCCGUCCGCGCCCUCGAGCUGCCUCGGGGCCGCCAGCGACGCAGGGGACGCGGACGGAGACACUCGCAGCGAUGCGGGCGACGGCAACCGCCCUGCAGCCGCGAACGCGGGGAGCUCCGAGCAGAGGGAAGGUGGCGGAGGCGAGGCGGAAGACGAAACAGGAGGUGAGGGGCGCGACGCAGGCGCCGAAGGGAGCGGCGGAGAAACCUGUGACGAGGAAGCGAUGGCGGAUGCGGACGGCCAAACGGAUUCGUGUGCUGCAGAAGAAAGUGGCGCCGCGUGCGCAGACCAGCUGCCCUCAUGCUCUGUCUCUGCGCCAGCUGCAGAGGCUGCGUCGCCGGCAAGGGCGGAAGAAACAGGCCGGUCUUCGCUGGUCGAUUCCCAAGGAGAGGAGGGGCAGGGACGAGAUGAACUUACGAGACACGCGCGCAACGAGCUCGCGGCUGAGCCUGAGAAAGAAGAUGGCGAACGAAAUGCAAAAAACGUCGUGGAGACCUCCUCUCCACAGACGCGGACGGACGCACUGAAGAGUUGGGCGGCAGGCGAGAGCGCGGCGUCCUCUCCGUCUGAAGCGACGGACGGGGCAAGUGUACGUACACCCCACCCGUCGGAGUCGGGCGGCACGGGUGAGGACGCCGACCAAGAUUCCUCGCAUGCCUUUGCAGAGGGCGAAAAUCUCUCACCGGAAAUGGGGACUGCGCGAAACGGCCGGCCGUCUGCCGGUGCAGCGGACGCGCUCAGCCUCGCUGCGGAAGAACAUGCGGAGUUGCUGGCGGGAGGUGCAGGGAGCAGGGCUUCUUUGAGUAAAGAAAAAGAGGCGAGCGCGCAGACGCAGAGCGAGUUGACGUGGACGAGGAGGAGAAAAGAAGCGCGAGAGGGCGACGAGGGAGGCGAGUGUCAGACCAAGAAACAAAAGUGUUAG